AUGACUUCAAUAUCCUCAUUAUCAAUCACAGUUCCGCAACAAGUUAUCCACUCAUCAUCUCAUCAUAGCCCAAAUGAAAGCAGAUUCAUAGACGUCCACGAUAUUGAGCUACAAGAUGUUGGUCAAGCGUACGCAGAUGCCAACAAAGCAUCAGGACUGCAGUAUGAUUCCUACCAUCAACAGACCCAUCAGCUAGGCACGUCAAUGAGGAGACGUCGAUUCAGUAACGCUACAAAUAUUACCAACAAUUCAGUCGCAUUAAUGUAUGGUAGUGAGGCUAAUCCCAAUGAAUUCCCCGAAGGCGGAAGAGAUGCAUAUUUGGUUCUUGUUGGAUCUUUCAUUGGUUUGGUUGCUGACUUUGGCAUUCCCAACGCAUUAGGAGCAAUAGAGUCGUACGUCUCCGCGAACCAAUUGAAAGAUGUGUCUAAGGCUGAUGUGGGUUGGGUAUUUUCAUUGCAUUUGGGUGUAAUGUAUCUUGGGGGAGUGGUAUUUGGUGAGUUGUUUGACAUGUAUGGUGCAAAGAAGCCGUUGAUAGCUGGUACAAUAUUGAUGUGUGCUGGUUUAUUCUGCACCGCAGAAUGCACAAAGUUGUAUCAAUUUGUUUUGAGCUUUUCAGUUUUGACAGCUAUUGGCACUAGUGUGGCUAUGUCACCCUUGAUUGGUGCCUUGAGUCACUGGUAUUUAAAAAGAAGAGCAAUGGCCUGCUCAAUCGCCACUAUUGGUGGGUUAGUCGGUGGCUCUUGUUUUGCUAUCAUGUUGCAACAGUUGUAUGACAAAGUUGGCUAUAAGAAUGCAAUAAGGGUAUUGAGCUGUAUUUGCUUUUUUUGUAUGAGCUGUGCCAUUUUGUUGGUUCGGGAGAGGAAGGUUAGGACGAGUGAAAAUUCAAUGGGCAACGUCGCAAGCAAUGGAAGUGCUCGUGGUUCCACAGACAUGGAGCUGGAAGAAGAGGAAGAAAUUGCAGUUGUUCAUGAAGAAGGCAUUGAUCAACACGCUUGGUCGAAGAUAACUGGAUUCUUUAAAGGUGCAUUAGAUUUUUCAGUGUUGAAGGAUAUGAAGUUUGUGUCAUUGACUUGGGGUGUGUUUCUCGCUGAGGUCGUUUCCAUGACAACUUUGACAUAUUUGGGAUCGUAUGCUUUGGAGUACGGCGUGAGUGACACACUGUCAUAUUUGUUGUUGACCAUCAUCAACGUUUGUGGUAUUCCAUCGCGAUUACUCUCGGGAAUAUUUGCCGAUAUUUAUGGAAGAUUUAACAUGAUGAUGAUUUCAUCAACAUUUACUACCAUAUUCAUAUUUGGUCUUUGGUAUCCUGCAAAGAGUGCAUCGUUGUUGUAUGCUUUUGGAGUGAUGUUUGGCAUAUCUUCAUCGGCUGUGAUCUCUUUGAUACCAGCGUGCACGGGUCAAAUAUGCUCUUCAGAGAGGUUUGGUAAAGUUUACGGCACAUUGUAUUUCUUUUUGGGAGUAUUAACAAUAUUGGGUAUGUACUUUGCUACUUUAGUGAUUGCAGGAGGAUCUAAAAGCAAUUACAGUAAUUUUGUUUUAUUUGAAGGAGCUUUAAGUACAGCAUCUAUAUUGGUAUGGAUAUGGGCCAAAUAUAGUGCUGUUGGAUGGAAAUGGUGCAAGUUUUGA